AUGGCGGUCGAUACGAGCUACCUGACCACCCAGGUCAACAACAUCGUUUCUCAGCUCCACGGGAUCUUCGAUGACAUCGGUGUGCCGAAUCAUGAGCGCGAAUCCCGAGAAGCAGAGCUUUUCAGCGCCUUGUCGGAAACGCUCAAUAACCACCUGAAGCUGGUCGAUAAAGAGAAGAAGGAUAUGCAGGAUGAAGCGCAGCGACUCAUCACUGCCAUUCAACACAUGGAGAAGUCGCUCGUGGACGAAAAAGCAAACGGACAGUACCAGCUCGAUCAUAAUGAUUUGCGCAUUAGUUACCCCCUCAAUCGCUGUGUCAGCUUCCUGCGUGAGGAGCAUGGCGCGUUGAGCAAACUGCACAAGGAGCGCUUUGAACAAGUCAGGAAACUUGUCGAGGCCCUUGAAUCGUACGCGUCCCAUCUCGAAACAACCUUCAUCAGCAUUGAGCUGCCGCCAACGGCACCCGGCUCGUCCAUCUCGCCCAGCUUCGAUCUGUCACCAUCAUAUGUCACGGCCCUCGACAGCGAAUUCACGAGAGUCUACGAGGAAUACCACCGCCGUGUCGACUUCGUUCAGACCACAUCCGAGGAAAUCAUCAAGCUGUGGGCUGAGCUCGGAACACCCCAGGUUCAGACUGAUACGAACAUCGUCAAAUGCUACCGUGAAGCGCCCGAGCAGCUGGGUCUCCAUGAAUCGGAUCUGGCUAACUUGAUGGCGAAGCGCGAGAAGUUGCUCGAGGAGAAGAGGGGCCGGGAGCGCAAGUUGAAGGACCUCAAAAACGCCGUGGAAGCGCUGUGGGAGCGGUUUGGAGUGGAAGAAUGCGACCGAAAGGCGUUCUUUGCCGCAAAUCGUGGCUGUGGACUGCGUACGAUCAACGAGUUCGAGGAGGAACUGAGCCGUCUUAACGAGUUGAAGCGACAGAACCUGCAUCUCUUUGUCGAGGACGCGCGGUGCCGGCUCCAGGAGCUCUGGGAUGGGCUCUAUUUCUCCGAAGAGGAGAUGCUCGACUUCACGCCUGCCUUUUCGGAUGUCUGCAGUGAUGCCCUGCUGGAGGCACACGAGGCGGAGAUUGUGCGACUGGAGACCUUGAAGGAGCAGCGUGCAUCGACCUUAGAGCUGAUCGACAAGCAUCGCAGCCUUCUGGCAGAGCGCGAAGCCCUGGCUGUUUCUAGUCAGGAUGCCUCUCGUCUCAUGGGUCGUGGAGCCAAGGGAGAGAGACGUGAUCCCGGAAAGCUUCUGAGGGAGGAGAAGAUGAGGAAGCGGAUUUCCAAGGAGCUGCCCAAGGUGGAGGCCGACUUGAGGAAAGAACUGGAGCGGUGGGAGGAUGAGUAUGGCCGGCCGUUCCUGGUCCACGGGGAGAGAUAUCUCGAUGAGCUUACCCCAGUUUUUGUCAAACCGGCCCCCCCACGAUCCAAGACCCCCGGGCCUACUCCUAGCGCGAAGCGUCCCCCACAACCGCAACCGACUCGGCCUGCUAGCGUCAUGAGCUCUCGUCCGGGCAGUGCCAUGCGCGCCCCCCUUCCGCCCCGGUCUGCCUCGAAGACACCUACGGCGCACCCCACGAUGAAGUACAACACAGUCGGACCCUCUCGGCCUGGAGCCAAGUCACCAUCGAAGAUCCCGGCUCGCGUACCUCUGGGCAACAUGCCACAUGGAAACAACUCGCCCAAUCGCCGGGGCACCCCAGGCGUCUAUUCCGUAAGCACCGUGAAUGGCAAGCUGCCAGCUGCUCGUCCGCCACCACCGAGGAUGAGGGCCUUGACUGGAGGUGAAUCGAGGGAGGAGCGGGGCAACUAUCUGUUUGAACCGCCACGAUCUGCCAGUGCCCUGUCGAAUUCCAUCGUCCGACCCGUCAGCCCAGAAGACGUGUAUGAUGAUCGCAACCAGCGUUCCUUCAUCAGCUCUUCCGCUUUCUCUCAACGGUCUACCGGAUUCUCUCAAUCAUCACACUCCUCCGCCUCGUCACUAUCUUUGGGCUCCUCGAUGCAAGGGUUCCCGAAGCCCAACCCGUAUCUCCAGCAUGCACCCCCUCCCCCGGCCCCUCGACAAGUCUCGAACGCCUCCACGGUGAACACCGCCGUCUCAGGGUCAGAGAACUGGGAGACGUUUGAUUCUGGAGACGAGUCCGAAGCGGACGCCAGCGACGUGUAUUACGCCAAGCUUCGUGCUGCCCACGGGAAACGCGUGGCUCCCGAGGACAACCAAAACCGCUCCCUCGCAGGCAAGAAACCCAAGGGGAUCCGGAGCGUCAGCCCAGAUGAGCCGGCCGGCCACUCCAUGGCUCAGACAGUUCGAGCCAGUGGCAGUGAUGCCGGGUGGACCGACGACCUGGAACCUUACUGA